CCGAAGUACUUGCUUCACUGUUUAUCCAUUCUUGUACCACUGGCUGAGAUAUAAACAUACACUUGAUGAAGAACGAAACUUGACACGAAGACGCUGUGGCGAAUGGGCAUGACGUAACUAGAAAAUCGUUUCUCCAAGAUAAAUUUAUCGUCAGCAUGGUUUUCCUUCUUCGUUCCGUUUCUUGUUACUUUUAUUUACUAGCUAUUUUCGCGUCAACUUUCCGAACUGGCGCUAAAGAUAUCACAAUGGACGUUUUUGCUGCAGAAUUUCAAACCUUGAAGAACAAGAUGUCUGAUAUCGAGGGACAAAUGGAAAUUUUUACUUCCCUGUACACUAUGAAUCUGGAAAAAAAGGUGACAGCGAUGGAAAGCAACAUAAAGAAAAUGAGUGAAAAGGUUGAUGCUCUUUAUGAUCACAUUUUUGCCAGAGAUGCGACUGACAAAUCAUCAGAUCAACUAACGAUCUUCUUCCAACAUAUUUCUCAACAGCUAGAAAAGCUUCUGGAACAACCGGAAAAGCAGUCACAAACAGAUCUCAGGGAAAAUGAAAGCAGACUGAGAAUUCAUAGAAUCGAGGAAAAUAUUUACGGUUUAUUUCAAAUUUUUAGUGCUUUAAACAUUAAAGUUGAUUCUUGCUACCGUGUUGCAAAAGGGCGUGAAAAAUGCAUAGACAGAGAACUUUUAGAGACAUGGCUCAAAGAUUUCAUGAUUCAAAGCAGAACCGCAGGUAAAGAUGAUACGAAUACUGAAAAUGUUCUAGAAGGAGACAAGAUGGACCUUUUUAUUGAGAAAAUUAGCCAGAAAGUGGAAAAUAUGAUUGAAAAACUACCAUCUGAGAGAGUAAUAAAUGUUGAAGACAUUACAGACAUUGUUAUAAAAUCUUUGGAAGGGUACGUAGAACUUUUGCUCAGGAAAACUCAAAAUUGUUCUUUGGUAUCACGGAUAGAUAAACUCUUAGGGUUUCUAGAAACAUCCACAGGAACUUCGGAAGACAAAUCUCCGACAAUACAAUCCUCAUCCAGCAACUCCAAGGACCAGGCAUUAGCUGAUGAAGGAAAAGAUUACGAAGACGAAGAGAUACAAGGAGACAAAGAACCUGGUAAAAUUUUUAGGAGAUUCUGGAGAAAACUUACAGAACCGGUAACAGAACUGAAUAAGAAACUUGAGAUUAUUGAAGUGAAUUUUUUAAAUAAAGCUCGGUUGCUUCAUAACCAGACAAUGACGACAAUGAUGCAGUGGUUUGCGAAACAGAGUUGGGCAGCUGCAAAGCCUUGUGUAGAUAAGGUCCAGGUCAUCGAGGAAACAGCAGAAGCUCUUCACGAGAAGCUGAGAUAUCUAAAGUCGUCUCAAGAUUCCACAGCAGAUACCUGUAGCGCUAUCCACAGUGAAGUUCAGUACGUUCGAAGGCUGCUAGAGACACGCUACACAGUGGACAGAACAGUGGAUUCAACUACAACCGGACAGAACAAGAUCGAUCAUACUCCUCAAGACUGCUCUGACCUACAGAUGAAUGGAGCAAUGCAGAACGGUAUUUACAUGGUACGGCCUUCAGGUGUAGAAAAUGAAUUCCCUGUGUACUGUGACCUCCGUACAGAUGGAGGAGGCUGGACGGUUAUUCAGAGAAGGGGAGACUUUGGUGAGCCUCGACAAAACUUCACUGAAGACUGGAAGGCCUAUAAGGAUGGUUUUGGUGAUCCUCUUCAAGAAUUUUGGAUAGGAAAUGAAAAAAUAUACCUCUUAACAACUGCCAAAGAGAUGAAACUAAGGGUAGAACUUCAGGACUUUGAUAACAACUACGCCAUUGCCGAGUAUAAUCGGUUCCGUGUUUCAGACGAAGAAAAUAGUUACAAGCUAAGUGUUAGCGGUUACAGAGGAAAUGCGAGCGACUCUUUGACUUUGCAUGAUGGGAAGAUGUUCUCUACUAUAGACCGGGACAAUGAUGAAGUUGAGUCAUGUUGUAACUGUGCUGAUACGUUCAAGGGGGGAUGGUGGUAUUACAGGUGCUUUGAGGCCAAUCUCAAUGGACCAUAUCAAACCGAACCUACCGAAAAUGGCUACUUCUUAGGGAUUAUAUGGGAACAAUGGCGCGGUGAUUAUUCUCUCAAAGGGGCUGAAAUGAAGAUUAGACCUCUGAUGUUUGAUGAAAUUAAGGAUCCAUAAUAUUUACAUCCUUACAUUCUUUUUUUAUUUGCGAAAACUUAGAAUACCUGGUAUCAAAAUUGGCACAUAGUCCCUUCGAUUACUACAUAACGAACCAUGCGCUAAUGCAAAUUUUAGUCUAUGGGAUUUGUACGAAGAUAGAUAUUUAAGCAACAUUCUAAUCCAAAUGGUUUAGAAAAUAUGUUAAUUACUAUUAAAAUAGAUGGUGCUUUUGCCUUGUAGUAUUUUUUCAUAAUCUGGCAUGUUUUUUCUUAUUCGUUCACUUUCGUCUGUUUUGAUAUUCUAUAGCAGUCGUAUAUCGAACUCGUGUCGCUACUCGCUUGUUCUUUAAUUCAUUGUUUUCUUUUAGAUGUUAAAUGGUAAUAUUUUCAGGCCACAUCAUUCCUCUCAGCUUUUGACGAACAAACACGCAGGGGUUCUAAUUUGUAAAUUAUCUUUUACUUCGAUAUAUAAAUGCAAUUUCAUGUAGAAUAACCCGGAUAUCGCCAGCCAACAGUGUCAUAACUCGUUGAUCCAACACGUAACGAAACAAGCCAUUUAUAACGUAGUUUUCAACCAAAUGAUGCAAGUAAAAAUUUCGACAACGCAUUGCAUCAAUGCCCUAUGGCCCUUUGGAUGGUAGACAACGGGGUCGUGACCUAUUGACUCAACACGUUACGGAAGUUCGACUACGCGCUGAAAUGGGUCAGUACGUUAUUACUCUGUUGGCAGGCGACCAUCAAUGAGCCAUAAGGCAUUGAUUCAAUGCGUGGUUAAAAUAUUCAACUACUCUUUGCGUCGACACAUUAUGCAUUUGAUGGGUUGUCAUAAACGCAUGGCAGAUCUUCAUAAUGCUACCUAUCUAAAUACUUUAUAAAGGCUUAUGAUUUAUGUUAUAUGAUUAUAUAUAUAUUGUAGGAAUUCAAAUACAAGUAUAUAUUAACUGAUAUUACAGACGAUAGAUUAUCAAUAUGAAAGAAACUCAAAAUAACAGUUGAAAAUAUGCUUGUAGUGAGAAUAAAGACAAAGGACAAUUUUCUUCUUUUUUUCUGAUUAGAAUAAUUUUCAAAUUUGCAGCUAAGCCUCCUACAACAUAAUUUCAUGUAUUGGCCUACCAGUUAAGCCUCCUACAGCAUAAUUUCAUGUAUUGGCCCACCAGCUAAGCCUCCUACAGCAUAAUUUCAUGUAUUGGCCCACCAGCUAAGCCUCCUACAGCAUAAGUUCAUGUAUUGGCCCACCAGCUAAGCAUCCUACAGCAUAAUUUCAGUGCUAUGUGUACGAAAU